AUGAGCCGGAUUUUAGAGAGUGAGAGUGAUAAUGAUGAAUCUGGACAGUCGAGUUUGGCUAAUUCUGGGUCUGCAGAUGUAGCGAAUGUUGGUCGAGAUAACAGCAGUGAUGCCAAUUCAAAUGUGAUUCAAAGACGACUGGAGCAGUUCAGUAGGAGACUAUCGAUGCUUGGGCUAAUGAGCAGUCAGGAAAUAGAAGAAAAAGAUGGAGAAGAGCAACCAGAUGUCAUCGAAUCUCAAGGUCUAGCGCCACUGAGGCAGGAAGUACCGAUGACCGCUUCACUCAUACUGAAUAAGCUACCGAAGGCUACCAAUGAGGCUCUUGAGAAGAGCCAACAGGCUUCUUCAAAGAAGUCACAUCAAGACAAACAGCUUAAAGUUCAAAUAAAGUUCCAACCGAUCGGUUCCAUUGCACAAAUCACACCAUCCGUUUGCAAGAUAUCAGCUACUCAACCUUUCGCGUUGAUAUCGACCUUCCUGACGAGAAGCCUGAAAGUAAGUCAGGUCUACUGCUAUAUCAACAAUUCAUUUGCCCCCAAUCCACAACAAAUAGUCGGUGACCUAUGGUCUCAGUUUAAGGUCGAUAACGAGCUCAUUGUCAGCUACUGCGGGACGGUAGCAUUUGGCUGA